AUGCGCAUGGAGAAGGCAUGGGAUGUGCGGACGAGUAGGGGAGGGUGCUACUCCUCCCUUCCCUGCGGCUACUCCUCUCCUCCCUUCCCUGCUGCUACUCCUCUCCUCCCUUCCCUGCUGCUACCCCUCUCCUCCCUUCCUUGCUGCUACACCUCUCUUCCCUUCCUUGCUGCUACACCUCUCCUCCCUUCCUUGAUGAUACUCCUCUCCUCCCUCCCUGCUGCUACUCAUCUCCUCCCUUCCCUGCUGUUGCUCCUCUCCUCCCUUCCCUGUUGUUGCUCCUCUCCUCCCUUCCCUACUGCUGCUCCUCUCCUCCCUUCCCUGCUGCUGCUCCUCUCCUUCCUUCCCCCCUCCUACUCCUCACCUCUCUUCCCCCAUCCUACUCCUCUCUUCCCUUCCCCCCUCCUACUCCUCUCCUCCCUUCCCUGCUGCUACUCCUCUCCUCCCUUCCCUGCUGCUACUCCUCUCCUCCCCUUCCCUUCUGCUACUCCCCUCCGCCCUUCCCUGAUGCUACUCCUCUCCUCCCUUCCCUGCUGCUACUCCUCUCCUCCCUUCCCUGCUCCUACUCCUCUACGCCCUUCCCUGCUCCUACUCCUCUACGCCCUUCCCUGCUCCUACUCCUCUCCGCCCUUCCCUGCACCUACUCCUCUCUGCCCUUCCCUACUCCUACUCCUCUCCGCCCUUCCCUGCUCCUACUCCUCUCCGCCCUUCCCUGCUCCUACUCCGGAGUGUGAGUUGUGUGAUGCGCAUGGAGAAGGCAUGGGAUGCGCGGAUGAGCAGGGAAGGUGGGGGGGGCGGCAUGAGGGAGAGCGUGAUGUGCAGCACGAGGGAGAGCGUGAGGUGAAGCGUGAGGGAGAGCGUGAUAUGACGCGUGAUGAGUCUUCUCCCUCUACUCCAGCAGGUGCCCGGGCGGAUGAUGCACAGAAUGUUCGUGGUCAUGGGGAGGGUGGGAGGGAGAGACGUGGCGCAGAGUUAGAAGAUCAGAGAGGGGUGUCAAGGAGAGUGAAGGCACGGGCCAGAAAUGCUGGAAAGAAGGCCGUUGCAGAGGUGGAAUCUUCAGAUGAAGAUGAUAGUUCUGAGGAGGAAUCAGGGGGUUCCUCUGGGAGCGAGGAGAAGUAUGAUGAGGAGGAGGACGAGAGUGAUGACGCUGAAUCUGAGUCCGGGAGUGAUGACGACGGUAGGAGAGGGGGGAGGGCACGAGGAGCGCGCAACCACCGCUAUAGUGGAAAGCGGGGUCAUGCAACCGGUGGUAAGGCCGGUAAUGGACGUAAACGGCAGAGACGUCGAGAGCGUGCUCAAGGAAAGCGCACAGAAUCUGAGGGACCCAAUCGGCGUCGUAAGGAGCGUCCUGUUGUGAGACAGGACCUUCGCUUCUACGAUGAGAUGAGGACCUUGGGUCACUCGGAAGAUGCUGGACCGUCGAAUCGUCGGGAGACCGUUCGGAUGAAACAGGCAGCAACCAACGAUCCGUAUGCUGCCCUUGCUUCUACCUCAGGAUUGGGAAAGAGGGCGUCUCGAUUUCAAGAUCGGAGCGUGCGUGAGAACGCUGGCCAGCAGCAUGACAACACGCUCAAUCCAGCCGGUGGUGGUGACGAUCUGGCCUGUGGUGGGGGGCUGGGGGCGAAUGAGGGUGAGGCGGGUGGUGUUGGAGAUUGGUUCAAUGAUGAAAGGAAAGUUGGACGCUCUGACCCAGCAACUCCCCUCCCGUUUGCAUCGGCAGGAGGCAAUUCCCCGCUCAACGCUAGCGGAGUGCCCAUCAUUCCUUCAAGCACCACUCCUAAUGAUUCCAUGCAGCAACUCUUUCAGGCUUUGCAGGAAGCUAAUAGGCAGAUCGCAGAGCUGAAGGCCGGUUGGGGACCUUUGGUGGACCGGGGGGGAAACGGGACGCAACUCCCGCCGCUUACCUCGAUCUCCAGCGAGCAACCUGAGCCGCCCGAAACGCCGGGCGCUGUGGCGGAGAGUGAUGUUCAAGGCACUCCAAUCACCAGGAGGCAUGGGAUGCCUAAUGCAACAAAUCUGAAGCUCUACAUGGAAGAAGCUCGGACGCGCAUGUGUAUGGAGGCUGAGGACCAUCUCAUCACGUUCUAUCCAAGCUUUGAGAAGCGCAUUCUUGUUUUGCACGAAGUUAUUUCCAAGCACUACGUGGUUCCCUUGAUCAUACUCAAGGAGGCCAUGGCAGAUAAAACGCGCAGGGAUGCAUUCAAGCGCGUGUACACUCAGUGGAAGAACGAGCGUGGGUUUUACGUCAAACGCACCGUGCUCGAGGGUUUGGGGGUUCCCAUGAGUGGCUUGCGGGCGGCGGAAAUUCACAUCGACACCGAGCUCAAGGAGGAACUCUGGGGCGAGUUUGGCCCGAGUGCGGACGCCCUACUGAGCACAUGGGGAAAUGCCGAGGAUAGUGAUCUCCCGUUCGGCAACGAGAUUUUCUUCAACGCGGCCAUGGACGCAUUUGGUGAAUUUGCCGUGGGGAACGACAUUUUCUUGAAGGCAUAUCACAUUGCAUGGACUAUCUUGGUGGUGAGUGACUUGUUAGGGCCCUUUAGCGUGUUUCUCUAG